CCAUCUGCUCUAAUUAGCUUAUCUCUCCUGCUUUCAUAGCAUGCUGAAGAGAGAAGAGUGAGGGUACUUUGAAAGGACACCGUUUUUAUUUAUGCUCAUUUAUAAUGGUUUUGGAAUGUUUGCCAAUUCUCAAACAUAAAUUUUUAAAUGUUAGAUUUUUCCUGUAACAAUUUGUUACUGGAAGCUUCAAGGCUUUGGGUGCUCAGUUAAGAAUUUUGGUCUUUCCUCAUCUCUUUGGUUUUGGCCAAAUGAUUAUGUUUCCUCAUUCUGGGAAGAUUUCUUUGGGUAUUUUGAUAUUUGUCCUGAUAGAAGAAAACCUUUCAUCAUUAACAGCACAGACCUACUUAUCUUUAGAAGAAACCCAAGAACCCACCAGUACAGUUUCUUUUCUCCCGACUGGCUCAGAAUCCGCAGACUCUUCCCUGUCCAGUGGAAACAAAGGACCUCGGGACCACAGAGAAGCUGAGAGACACUGGUUGCUUAGAAGAAGGCGAUCCACUCUGUUCCCUAAUGGAGUAAAAAUCUGCCCUGAUGAAAGUGUUACAGAGGCUGUGGCAAACCAUGUGAAAUAUUUUCAAGUCCGAGUAUGUCAAGAAGCUGUCUGGGAAGCCUUCAGGACUUUUUGGGAUCGAUUUCCUGGGCGUGAGGAAUAUCGUUACUGGAUGAAUUUAUGUGAGGAUGGAAUCACAACUAUAUUUGAAAUGGGCACAAAUUUUAGUCAGUCUGUGGAACAUAGAAGCUUAAUUAUGAAGAAACUGGCGUACACAAAGGAAACUGUUAGCCGCCCUGAGUUGUCAUCUCUAGUCCCUGUUGGCGAUACCUCAACAUUGGAAGGUGCUGUCCUCAGAGUUCCAUAUCCAGGGGUGACCUCCUCUGCAGGUACCUCAGAGAGCAGCUUGGGGAGACCAGAGGAGAGUAUUAGCAAUGAAAUUGAGACUGUGAUAGAAGAAUCCACAAGACCAGCAGCUGAACAGAUUGCAGAAUUCAGUAUCCACCUUUUGGGGGAACAAUACAGGGAAGAACUCCGGGAUCCCGCUAGCUUCCACCACCAGAGCCUUGUAGAAGAGUUUAUCGCAGAGAUUGAAAAUGCAUUUACUGGGUUGCCGGGCUAUAAGGACAUCCGUGUACUUGACUUCAGGUCCCCCGAGGAAAAUGGCAGUGGCACAGAUGUUCACUAUGCAGUUACUUUCAACGGAGAGGCCAUCAGCAAUACCACCUGGGACCUAAUCAGCCUUCACUCCAACAAGGUGGAAAACCAUGGUCUCGUGGAAUUGGAUGAUAAGCCCACUGCUGUUUAUACAAUUAGUAACUUCAGAGAUUAUAUUGCUGAGACACUGCAUCACAAUUUGUUGCUGGGCAACUCCUCUUUGAAUCCAGAUCCUGGCUCCCUUCAGCUCAUCAAUGUGAGAGGAGUUUUUCGUCCCCCCACUGAAGACCCGGUUUGGAACCCCCAAAGUGCAAGUCUUCUGGCAACCCCACCAUCUGUUCUGGAUAAUACCCUUCAAGCUGCAUGGCCCUCAACUGACGACUCCACCACCAGCAGUAUUUCACUACUUGAUUUCAGCUCUGGUUCUCCCUCAGCCACCGGCAAGGAACUCUGGUCGGAAAGACCGUUGGGUGAUUUAGUGUCUACACCCAAACUAGACUUUCCCUCAAAGGUGGGCCUCCAUUCUUCCCCAGAGGUUUUAGAGGUUAGCAGCUUGACUCUUCAUUCUGUCACCCCAGCAGUGCUGCCGACUGGCUUGCCUGUGGCUUCUGAGGAAAGGACUUCUGGAUCUUACUUAUUAGAAGAGGGAUUAACCAAAGUCGAAGGGUCAGAAGAUUCUUUUUCAGGUGAUCCUUUGCCCUCAAGUACAUUAACUCAUUCUGUACCAGAAGAAACAAUACCAUCUAAGGAAGAUUCUGCGGUGUCUUUGACAUCCUCACCGUAUCUGGUCUCCUCUGUCACAUUAGAUCCCCUUGCUCAGGAAGUAUCUACACCUCCUGGCUUGGACCCUUCGGCUUCCAAAGUUAACGGCCAAUUAGAAGUGAGCACUUUGAUGCCAGACACAUCCAUGGAAAAAGAGGUCAUAUUUGAGAAUGGCUUAGGUUCAGGGUCUGGGGAAAAGGUGACUGGGAUUACUUGGCCAUGGAGCGACACUUCAUUAGAAAAGAGCAUUGAACUGACCAAAUCAUGGCUAGAAGAUGAGGAUUCACUUUUGCCAAUUGAGAGUGUAGAUGAGAAACUAGUUGUAGGUGACAAAAUAGAUUCCACAGACCGAAGUAUUGAGCACUCAAAAUAUGGGCAUUUUGAUAGAUCCACACACUUUUCAGAGGAAGAGCCCCUUGAGGGACCUACUGUGCCCUUCUCUGCAGAGACCACAACUCAAUCUGCAUCUCUAAUUCUCUCCAAGCACACAUCAGAGGUACCUGACAUUGAUUAUUACUCAGUUACCAAUGCACCUCCUCUACUGACAUCUAUAGCAAUCUUUGAUUCUACUGGUAAACCAGAUCAAGUAGAACCAUUUCUAAAGGAGGAUAUGGAACAAACUACAGAGCCAUCCAAUCGUAAACAGUUUGAUGGCAAGAUUUCAACACUGAAGCCAGAUAUGCAAUCUCUGUGGACCAUAUUGCCAGAAUCAGAUGUAGUUUGGGAAAAAACUUCUUCCCUAGGAAAAUUGUCUGGAGACACAUUGGCAAGUGCACCGGAGAGUAUUGACAAGCUCUGGUUGAAAGCUUCCAUGACACAGUCUACCGAAUUGCCUCCAACCACAAGCCCCACCCUGCUGGAGGAUGAAGUAAUUAUGGGUGUACAGGAUAUUUCAUUAGAACUGGACCGGAUAGGCACAGAUUACUAUCAGCCUGAGCUAAUCCCAGAAGAAAAUGGCAGGGUUGGUAGUUAUGUGGAAAUCUCUACAAAUGUUCACUCUACAGAGAUGGCUGUUGUGGCUCACCCCACAAAAACAGGUGACUCAAAUCAUACCCAGGCCACAGGAGCAUUGCUGGUUUUCUUCAGCCUUCGAGUGACUAACAUGAUGUUUUCAGAAGAUCUGUUUAAUAAAAACUCUUUGGAAUAUAAAGCCCUGGAGCAAAGAUUCUUAGAAUUGGUAAGCAUAAAAAGUGAACUAUGGGCAAUAUAUUUUUUUUCUGGUUUGUUUGAUGUUUUAGGGGAUGAAGCCAACCCUUGCAAGUUUCAGGCAUGCAAUGAGUUUUCCGAGUGCUUGGUCAAUCCCUGGAGUGGAGAAGCGGAGUGCAGAUGCCACCCUGGAUACCUGAGUGUGGAGGAACUGCCUUGUCAGAGUCUCUGUGACUUUCAGCCUGACUUCUGCUUCAAUGAUGGGAAGUGUGACAUUAUGCCCGGACAUGGGGCCAUUUGUAGGUGUCGAGUGGGUGAGAACUGGUGGUACCGAGGGGAGCACUGUGAGGAGUUUGUGUCUGAGCCCUUGGUGAUAGGCAUCACCAUCGCCGCCGUGGUUGGACUUCUCCUCGUCUCUUCUGCUGUUGUCAUCUUCCUUAUCAAGACUCUUCAAGCUCAGAAUGCUCGGAGAGAAAGAGAGAGGCCCUUUAGCAGACAGCCUGCCAGCCUUUCAUCCAUUGAAGAUGCCGUAAAGUACAACCCUAUGUAUGAAAGGCAUGGGGCAGGAAUGGAACAGUACAGGGGACCCUAUCCUCAGGGUCCCUUCCACAGCGCAGCACGAGGAGAGGUGAUUGGUGGUCUGAGCAGGGAAGAAAUCAGACAAAUAUAUGAGAACAGUGGGCUUUCCAGAGAGGAAAUUCAAGAAAGAAUGAGAAUUUUGGAACUGUAUGCCAAUGAUCCUGAGUUUGCAGCUUUUGUGCGAGAACAUCAAAUGGAAGAGCUUUAAUCAAAACUCUGAUCGUGGAACUGAUUAGAAGCCCAGAGAAGAGAGAGAUCACUUGUUACCUGUAUCAUAAAAUUAACCUGCAUUUUGAACUCUGUUGGAAGAAGAGUAUUUUAUUAAAAAAACAUUCAAUUUGGGCACAAAAUUUUUUUCCCCAGUUUAAAAUUUUACAAUAGAGUAAGAGAUGUGACAGUUUUUAUAUGUAAGCUGCAUUUAGAGAAAUUCCAAACUGUGUGGGUCCGGAGAGCAUCCGGAAGAGAGCAGCGGUGCCGGGGUGUGCGUUGGCAGAGCAGUGCUGCUGAUCACUGUGGCUCAGGAGACCCGGAGGAAGGGAGGGUGAGACUGUCCAGCAGGAGGCAGGCUUUGUCACAAAUAUUUGGUAGCACGCUUGUUAUUGUCAGAUGGAAGGAGAAGCCUUUGAAGUAAUUUCAAUAUAGUUUAUAGUCAGACAUUUGUCUAAAUAAAAUAUAAAGUGUUGUGGGGGAGUCGAACUGCUGAAGAAAAAGCAACCUUUUUUGCUGUAGUAUAGAGUGAGGCUUGUACUUUAUUCUGCCAGAGUUUGAAUUUCCUGAGCGUAUUAAUCAAGAUCACAUUAUUGUUUUGUUAAGUAUCUCAGUAUCCUUUCUUUUUUUUCAGCUGCCAAAUACAAUACAUAUGUGUAAC